UCCCCUUCCUCUUCCUCCUCCUUCCUUCCACCUCAUCCUCCUCCUCCCCUUCCUCUUCCUCCUACUCUUCUUCCUCAACCUCCUCCUCCUUGUUGACCAUGGAUGUUCUGGGCUUGGCUGCGAGACUACAGCUGAUGCUCUUGGCGCUCCUGGGUGUGUGUCUGAGCCUGGAGUUCACUGGGGCCCCCGGCCAGUGGGCCCGCUACCUCCGCUGGGAUGCCAGCACGCGCAGCGACCUCAGCUUUCAGUUCAAGACGGACGUGUCCACGGCGCUGCUACUGUACUUCGACGACGGAGGUUACUGCGACUUCCUGCAGCUGAUGGUGUUGGAGGGCAAGUUGCAGCUGCGCUUCAGCAUCGACUGCGCCGAUAUCGCCGUGGUGUCCGACAAGAGAGUUAAUGAUAGCAGCUGGCACUUUGCCACACUGAGCCGCUACGGCCUGCGGACGGUUUUGGGGCUGGACGGCCAGGUCAAGGCGGACGAGGUGCGGCCCACCGGAGGUAGCCGCCAGCACAUGAAGAUAAUCAGUGACCUGUUCCUGGGCGGCGUUCCGCUGGAUAUCCGCACCUCGGCACUCACGCUGCCCACAGCGUGCGACGCCCCGCCCUUCAGAGGAACUAUCAUGGAUCUGAAGUAUGGGAACACAGAACCGGUUCUCCUCAGCAGCCUCAGGGUGCGUCUGGAGUCGGACCGGCGCUGUACGGAGAACCCGUGUGAGAAUGGUGGGAGCUGCUCCGUGGUAGAUGGGGAACCCUUGUGUGACUGUUCCAAAACGGAAUACAAGGGCUGUUUCUGCAAUGAAGAGGUUAACGGCAAUAUUCCAGGAUUUUCACAUAUGAUGAUGGCAGAGCAAGCUAAAAGCAAAGUGCGGGAGGAGAAUGUGGCCACGUUCCGCGGCUCUGAGUACUUCUGCUACGACUUGUCCCAGAACCCUAUCCAGUCCUCCAGCGACGAGAUCACGCUCUCCUUCAAGACGUGGCAGCGCAAUGGCCUGAUCCUCCACACGGGGAAGUCUGCUGACUACGUCAACCUGGCCCUGAAGGACGGAGCCGUGUCCCUGGUCAUCAACCUGGGCUCCGGAGCCUUCGAGGCCAUCGUGGAGCCUGUCAACGGGAAGUUCAAUGACAAUGCCUGGCACGACGUCAAGGUUACGCGCAACCUCAGACAGGUGACGUUAUCGGUUGACGGCAUCCUGACGACCACGGGCUACACCCAGGAGGACUACACCAUGCUGGGAUCCGAUGACUUCUUCUACGUGGGUGGAAGCCCCAGUACCGCCGAGCUACCUGGGUCUCCUGUCAGCAACAACUUCAUGGGCUGCCUCAAAGAGGUGGUCUACAAGAACAACGACAUCCGUCUGGAGCUUUCCCGUCUGGCGCAUAUCGUGGACCCCAAGAUGAAGAUCCAGGGGGAUGUGAUGUUUAAGUGUGAGAACGUGGCCACCCUGGACCCUGUCUCCUUCGAGACCCCCGAGGCCUACAUCAGCCUGCCCAAGUGGAACACCAAGAGAAUGGGUUCCUUGUCCUUUGACUUCAGGACCUCGGAACCCAACGGACUCAUCCUCUUCACGCACGGCAAGCCUCAGGAGCGCAAGGAGGCCCAACGCAGCCAGAAGAACACCAAGGUGGACUUCUUUGCGGUAGAACUGCUGGAUGGCAGUCUGUACCUGCUGUUGGACAUGGGCUCAGGGACCAUCAAGGUCAAAGCCACCCAGAACAAGGUCAACGAUGGAGCCUGGUACCACGUGGACAUGCAGAGGGACAGGCGUUCAGGCACCAUCUCAGUCAACAGCCGGCGCACUCCGUUCAUGUCCAGCGGAGAGAGUGAGAUCCUAGACCUGGAGGGGGACAUGUACCUAGGUGGUCUACCCUCAGACCGCACCAAUCUCAUCCUACCCACUGAGCUGUGGACCGCCAUGCUCAACUACGGCUACGUUGGCUGCGUGCGCGACCUCUUCAUCGACGGGCGCAGCAAGGACAUCCGACAGAUCGCUGAGGCCCAGAACGGGGCCGGCAUCAAGUCGUCGUGCAACAAGGUGGUGGGGAAACAGUGUGAGAGCUACCCGUGUAAGAACAGAGGCGUCUGCAAGGAGGGAUGGAACCGGUUCAUCUGCGAUUGUACCGGCACGGGGUACUGGUCACGUACCUGCGAGAGAGAGGCGUCCAUCCUGAGUUAUGAUGGCAGUAUGUACAUGAAGGUGGUGAUGCCCCAGGUGAUGCACACGGAGGCGGAGGACGUGUCUCUGCGUUUCAUGUCCCAGCGGGCCUACGGCCUGCUCAUGGCCACCACCUCGCGAGACUCGGCCGACACGCUGCGUCUAGAGCUGGACGGGGGCCGGGUCAAGCUCACGGUCAACCUAGACUGUGUCAGGAUAAACUGUACUUCCAGCAAGGGACCCGAGACCCUGUAUGCUGGGCAAAAACUCAAUGAUAAUGAGUGGCAUACGGUGCGCGUGGUCCGCCGGGGAAAAACCUACAAGCUCACGGUGGACGAUGACAUAGCAGAAGGCCAGAUGGCGGGUGACCACACCCGUUUGGAGUUCCACAACAUCGAGACGGGCAUCAUGACGGAGAGACGCUUCAUCUCGACCAUCCCCUCUAGCUUCAUUGGACACCUACAGAGUCUCAGGUUCAACGGUAUGCUGUAUAUAGAUCUCUGUAAGAACGGAGACAUCGACUUCUGUGAGCUCAACGCCCGCUUUGGUAUGCGCUCCAUCAUCGCUGACCCUGUGACCUUCAAGUCUAAGAGCAGCUACCUGAGCCUGGCCACCCUGCAGGCCUACACCACCAUGCACCUCUUCUUUCAGUUCAAAACCACCUCACCCGAUGGAUUCAUACUGUUCAACAGUGGAGACGGCAACGACUUCAUCGCUGUGGAGCUGGUUAAAGGGUACAUCCACUAUGUGUUUGAUCUUGGCAAUGGGCCCAACGUCAUCAAGGGCAACAGCGACCGGGCUCUACAUGACAACCAGUGGCACAAUGUGGUCAUCACUCGUGACAACAGCAACAUUCACACUCUGAAGGUGGACGCCAAGGCAACCAGUCAGGUGGUCAACGGAGCCAAGAACCUCGACCUGAAAGGUGAUCUGUUUAUCGCUGGGCUGGGCCCUGGUAUGUACGGUAGCCUGCCCAAGCUGGUGGCAUCCAGGGACGGUUUCCAGGGCUGCCUGGCCUCAGUGGACCUCAACGGCCGCCUCCCUGACCUCCUCCAGGACGCGCUGUUCCGCAGUGGGCAGAUCGAGCGCGGAUGCGAAGGUCCUAGCACCACCUGUCAGGAGGACUCAUGUACCAACAUGGGCGUCUGUAUCCAGCAGUGGGAGAACUACACCUGUGACUGCUCCAUGACCUCCUUCACCGGCACGCGGUGCAAUGAUCCUGGGACAACCUAUAUCUUUGGGAAAGGAGGAGGCCUCAUCACGUUUAAAUGGCCAGCCAACGAGAGGCCCAGCACGCGUACAGACAGGCUGACCGUGGGGUUCAGUACCUCCCUAAAGGACGGCAUCCUGGUCCGGAUAGACAGCGCUCCAGGUCUUGGAGACUAUCUCAUGCUCCACAUCGAACAAGGGAAGAUUGGUGUGACGUUUAACAUCGGCACAAUGGACAUCAGCGUGAGAGAGAAUAGCACACCAGUGAAUGACGGGCUGUACCAUGUGGUACGCUUUACCAGAAACGGGGGUAACGCCACACUCCAGGUGGACAACUGGUCUAUCAAUGAACACUUCCCAGGAGCGACGACCGAUAGUGAACGUCUUGAAAUUGCCACUAAGAAAUUCCCGUUGAAAUACGCCCGGCCAGUAGUGGAUUGGCUACAGGAGAAAGGCCGGCAGCUUACCAUAUUCAACACCCAGGCCUUGGUGACCAUCGGUGGCAGCGACCGCAGUCGGCCCUUCCAGGGACAGCUGUCCGGCCUCUACUACAAUGGCCUGAAGGUCCUCAACAUGGCCGCCGAGGGCAACCCCAACAUCAAAAUCAACGGCAGCGUCCGGUUGGUGGGUGACACGCCCUCUGUGGCCGGGUCAGCCCGCACCACCGCCCAGCCGCCCGAGUUAUCCACCACCUUUAUUGAGACCACCACCAUCAUGUCCACCACCACCACCCGCAAGCACCGCUCCUCUCCCACCAUACAGCAGACGACAGACGACAUGGUGUCUUCGGCAGAGUGUUCCAGUGAUGACGAGGACCUGGAGGAGUGUGACUCUGGCCGUGCAGGUGGGCUAGGAGGUGAAUUAGUCAUCCCUGUACUCUUAGAGGACCAAUUAGUGUUACCCCCGUCCAUCCCCCUCCCAACCCUCUGCCCACCCCUCACCAUAAUUGAAACCACCAAAGAGUCCCUGUCCAAGGCCACUGAGGCCAGGGUACCUUGCUUGUCGGACAGAGGCAGCGAUGAUUGUGAUGAUUGUGAUGAUGAUGAUGGCUUGGUGAUAUCUGGGUAUGAUUUCGACUCUAACCUGCCUCCUACUGAUGAUGAAGAGCUUUACGCCACCUUCUCCUUGGUAACAGAUAAGACCUUGUCCACGUCGGCUUUUGAAGGUGGCUACAAAGCUCACCAGCCCAAGUGGGAAACCAAGGACUUUAGACCUAACAAACCAUCCUCAGACCGCGGUAGGACUACCACUACCGCCGUGCUGCCACUAGCACCCGACCAGAGCCGCUACACCUCCACCGCAGCCCUGCACCACACGUUACCCGCCAAGCUGCCUGCCGGCAAAAUGAAUAACCGCGAGCUAAAACCCCAGCCAGACCUAGUGUUGCUCCCGUUGCCCACCCUACCCUAUGAGGUAGACAGUACCAAGCAGAGGGCUCCUGUAAUAACCUCCCCCAUGUUCCAUACUGUACCCACAGCCCUGCCCACCCAGCCCGUCAUCAACAGAGUCCCGGGACCCCCGGAAGUGUCCCGCCAGUCUAGCAGCACCAUCGGGAUGGUCGUGGGGAUAGUGGCGGCCGCAGCCCUGUGCAUCGUCAUCCUCCUGUACGCCAUGUAUAAGUACAGGAACAGGGACGAGGGUUCCUACCAGGUGGACGAGAGCAGGAAUUACAUCACCAACUCGGCAACGCAGAGCAACGGAGCCGCCGUGAAGGACAAACAGCAAAGCUCGAAAGCUGUCAAAGGAAAACAGAAAAACAAGGACAAGGAGUAUUACGUUUGAGUGACGGACGUUGAGAGAUGAAAAGAGAGAGGAAGAGAAAGACAGGUAUAGAGAAAUAUAGAAGUGUAUUUAACAGUUACCUUCUAAGGAGCUGUGAUGACAAAACAUGGUAAAAACUAGAACCGUUACUUGAUGCUGUGUAGAGUGGUUGAACUAUGACUAUGUGUAGUAAUAUGAAGAAGACUUACUAUUGUAAGCAUACAGAGAAGGAUAAUAGCAUCUUUAGAGACCUUCCUCUUCUGCCAACUUCGUGUACAACUACUUCACAGCGACUGCAUCAUCAUCCUAUGGGACUUUUAGAACUAUGUGAUCCUUGGCGUAAAAAAAAAGAAAAUUUGGUUUGUUUUUGUAAACCUGUACAAAAUGAAAGAUGUUCAUUAAUCUUGACCGUCUUCAGCAUGUAAGCAACAUGUAGUGAUUUAACAAGAGUGGGUCAGGAUAAAAAGGAUCAUUGUAAAGUCAAUGGGAAAAAAAUGGACUACUGCUGUUAAAAGAUAUCGUACAUUUUUGUUAUUGUAUGUAUGGGUUCAGGAUUCUAAAAGUGUGGUGUCUAAGCAACAACAACAACAACAACAACAAAAAACAUCUACUACUCUAUGUAUCAAAUGACACCAAGUGAGCUCAAAUGGCUGAGGAAAGAUCUCUUAGGAUCUCUUCAGAUCUCAGAGCUGUGUUGUCUGUCCUCUGAUCUCAACAUGAUUACUCUCGUUGUGUGACAGAAGGACAGAGUGACACUGACGUGUUGGUCCUGGCGAGAAGUGGUUGCUUGUUCUUGUCUCGGUUAAAAGCAACUGAUUGUAAUGCAUGUAAUCCAUUCUACCAAAACUGUACAGUACAGUACAAUAUACCACUAGAGUACAAUAUACCACGACAGUACAAUACAUACCAGUACAGUAUAUUGUACAGUACAGUAUAUAAACUUAGCUUGAACAGUCCUUUUCUCUCUAAAGGCCAAACUUUAUACUUCGUCAUCAUCAAGACACCACAACUCUUUCGAUUUUAUUCCCUAAAAACGUCAACAAUGAAAAUAUGAGUAUCCCUAAAGAUAAAAAGGUCUGUUGGUUUGCAGUCGUGCUGGUUGUGUCUUUUGCAGGCCUCUGUGUGUUGGUUAAUCACCUCUUGUUCUAUUUUCUAUGGAGCUGUCCCAUCGAGGACAGAAUGCAGUACUAUAACACUGUUAAAAAUGUCUAUACAGAAAUAAAUCUAACGUGAAAAGUGUGAA